CGCGGUAGCUAAAAUGCCUCGAAACUACGUUCGGAAGUCAAACCGUCGUUCCUGAUCGGUCGGAGUAUUGUCGGAUGCCGUGAAAGCCGUCCAGCGGGGCUAUCCAAAAGACGGGUGUCGACGAAAAACCCUGUAGAGAUACAUCGCCCUCUCUGCUGGUGGAUCAAGGCUGCAACAUACGUCGCUUGGCAACUUCUCUCCUGUGUUUAACGACGAGCAAGAGCAGGAACUUGUCCGCCACAUCAUCCAGAUGAGCAUCUAUGGAACCGCAUUAACUAGAAACCACGUUCGGAAUUUGGCCUAUCAGCUAGCGGAACAGAAACAAAUCAAACACCGAUUCUGUUACAAAACCGAACUUGCUGGUCGCGACUGGCUUAUGUUCUUCAUGAAGAGACACCCGGAAUUGACGAUUAGGAAGCUCGAGCCGACAUCUCUUGCUCGCUUGAAAGGAUUCAACCGCGAAAGUGUUCAACGUUUUUUUGAACUUCUCACGAAACUGUACGAUAGCUAUGAAUAUCCUCCGAGUAGGAUUUGCAAUGCAGAUAAGGCCGGCUUCAGCACUGUGCUCACCAGGAGUGUCAAAGUACUGGCUAAAAAGGGUGUUCGACAGGUUGCUGGAGUGUCAUCCGGUGAGAGAGGCGCUAACACUACUGGGAUAAUGGCCUUGUCGGCAAGCGGACAGUUCCUAGCACCGAUGCUAAUAUUUCCUCGACAACCGAUGAAUGAGGCAUUCAAGGUAGGCGCUCCUCCAAAAACGAUAUUUGCGUGCAAUGGGAAUGGAUGGAGCACAACAAGCACCUGCUCUACGUGGUUCGAUCAUUUUUUGGCUGUUGCACGUCCGACAGUGGAUGCGCCUGUAUUGCUCAUUCUUGACGGGCACUCGAGUCACACGCGGAAUUUGAACAUGAUUGAAAAGGCAAGACAAAAUCAUGUGAAGAUUCUAUCCAUUCCGCCACACACGAGCCAUAAGUUUCAGCCCUUGGAUGUUUCAUUUAUGGGACCUCUCAAAGCGAAGUACGCCAAUGCUGUCGACAACUAUUUGAAGCGGAACCCAGGAAAGGUGGUCACCAUAUACAACGUAUCAGCUCUGGUAAACGAAGCAUUCACCGCGUGUGCAUCCGUUGUCACCGCACAAAGCGGAUUCCGAGCGACUGGUGUUUAUCCGAUCAACUCCCAUGUUUUUUCGGACGAUGAUUUCGCUACCGCGGACAAACUUAUCCGUGUGGACGAGCCAAACUACACGGACUUAGAAAGAGAUGAUUUCCCACAUGGCGAACCGAGUGAAGUACUAUUGCGACAAGGCAGCUCCAUGGCACUGGAGAUUAAUGAUUCCGACCCGCCUGGUGAUGUUGCAUCGCUAGGACAAGUCUCCUUCGAGGAAUGGAACGAUGCAUCCGAUAUUUUGAUUUUGGACCCUUCCUUCCAUUACAGUGUUGGUGAAGACAGAUCCUUCAUAAUACAUUCAAGCACCACUGAAAACACAGAUGCAUCAAAACUCAAUGAAACUUCUACACCUAACUUUUCACAACGAACCAUGGAACAAAGCUUGAUUGUAUGUGACGUAAGUGUUGAUGAAGCUCAUGAAUCAUUGGAUAUUCUGCAGUUGGAUUCCUCCCAUUUCAUGCUGCCUGGUGCAACAAAUCCCGGUCUACGGCAAAGCGAUUGUAUCGGAAUUGAGCAUCAAUCAUAUGAACCGUAUGAUUUGAACAAAUCAACACAAGAGAUCUUCGAUACUGAGUUCAACGAUGCGGAGGAUAUUUUGGUGUUGGAUCCUUCAAUUUAUUACAGUGUUGCUGAAGACGGAACUGUCAUCCGAAACGGCAGGUGA